ACCCAUUUUCACGCCAUUCGGUCGGAAAAGCUUGGCUCAAUCACAGGUCGCUCCUGGGAAAGCACAAUUCUAGUACAGUGAACAGUUCUCGUUUGAAGCUAGUAUUGUACUUAAAUCGCCCCCUCCUCUCGCGUGAGGGGGAAGUUUUACGUUCACGCCUUUAGUUUCAAACUGAAACGUGCCCAAAGUUAGUCAUUUUUUGUGGAGUUGCGUGUGUGAGAUCGUGCCAAUGAUAUGAUUGUUUCAACAGAAGUGAAAGUUUCAGAUUUUACUGUUUGAAAUACCACACUUAACUGAGAAAAAUGAUAUUGUUCUGAAGAAUAUUGGUGCUUAUUUUUAAAACGAACAAUUCUAGUGGUGAACAGAGUUUGACCAGCUUAUAGUACCAAAUAUUGCUGCGCUUUUGUAUAAGUGAAAAUCACUGUACCACAUUGAAACCAACGAGAGAAGGAUUUUUUUAAAUAGUUCCCGUUUUUAAAGAUCGAUAUUAGUACCGAGACUCGGUGUAGUUUCACACGCGGUAUGCCAUAACUGAAUUCAAUCGUUUCUAUUUGGUUCAAUCCGGUUCCGCACGGGAAGCAGCAUAAAUAAUGUCGAAACUCAAACUCGUCGGGGGAAGGUCAAUCACCAUGGAUGAGGCCAUUGAACUCCGCCAAACUGUAUUUGGUUCCGCGGCUAGUCCACCACGAGGGGAGUGGACCCGCACAGGAAUCAGCUUCGGUGCCGUAAAUGGAGUAAGUUCAAACCCCCACAUUAACCUUCUUACAGUUUCUCUUACUAUUUUGACCCACCAGGAAUAUCCCUACGGACUCCGAACACCACGUAAUGCCACCCGUGGAAUGCAAUCAGUCCUGCAGGCCUUCAUCAUUAAACAUUUUAUAUUCGACAAUAAGCCUAGAGAGAAGUCUGUUCCACUGGAAGAUCUGCUGAAACCAAACGAGGCAGAACAAGCACAGGCUUUGUAUCUGGCGAUUUCGGACAUUCUGUGGAACAUUGGUGAGAAGACUAAGGCACUGAUUGUACUUCCCGGGGAAACAUCGCACAUUCCGCACAGCCAUGUAUACUUCCAGGACAACGUGACUGAGAAAUUAUUCUUUUUCGAGUUCACAAAGCUGGAUGAAAUGCAGAUUUUUAUGAAACGUUAUUUACCUUAUUUUACAGAAAAUCCAGGCCCAGGUGCUCUGUUGCUGUUGUACAGUGCUGUUCUAACUCGUGGAAUGGAAAAUCUUCGAACUGAUUUAGACGCACCGAAAGGAGCCCAUUUAAUGGGACCUCAUGAAGAAGGAUCGUUGAAUGUUGUAACACUCUUACUGACCGGCCGUGCAACACCUUACUUGCACAAUGGUGUUGUCUACGUGGGCGACGAAGACCAUUACGCUCUACCGCAAUUUGGUAUUCUCGGUCGCGGUUCGAUCGGACUACUAAUAUGGGAAGGAGAAAAUGAAGCAAUGCGAUCGGCUUCCCGUCAACCCGGAUCGCGACUCAAGACUCCGGCGACGCCAGUUUGGGUAAGCUGCUGUUGCGGUCACUACGGAGUUCUCUUCAACUCAAACCGCGAGCUUUUGAGAAAUUACCACGCUGAAAAACGGUUCGAACUACAUUACUAUACAUGUGCCGGGUGUUACCUCUCGAUGACGGUCGACAACCGACAGCAAGAUGAGGGAGGAGAUGAUGGUGAAGAGGAUGGCGAACGAAAGCAAAACGACAUGGUCUCGACUCCACUGGAGCGACUGAUCCACACCAAAUGGAUGGAAGCCAAGAUUACAUAUCAUGGGGCAUUACCAGCAUCUUUGAACUUCUAAUGGCUCGUUGUAAUGCACAUUCACGGUUAGCAAUUUAUUGUUCUCUAGAAUUAAAAAAAAAUAUGUGCGCUGUCUUGUUGACGGCUUUUUCGAAUUUAGCUACUAGCCUUGAAUUGGUUCAAUGAAGGCUGUUGAACUCUUCGUAUAACUAGCAGCUUUGUAAUUACAGAUACCAUAGAAUCAAAUUGACCCAUUUGAAGAUAUUCCCAAAACGUAGUACAAAUACACAAUACACAGGUUUUACACUCUAA